UUACAGCCCAUUUUGGUUCAUCAAAGAGCAACAAGAUGUCUUAAAGACACUGAUUGAUAUUUGAAGCAUUAUUAUGAUAAGCUGUGACAGUAACAUCCUCAGGCCAACAAACGCAUGCUGGACCAAACCUCUUUCGACACAUAUGCAUGCUGAAAAAAAAAAAAAAAAAAAAAAUUACCUCCUUUGUGGACCCUGUUGUGUGCUUUAAGUUGAGAAAAAGGCCGUGAGCAGUUUUCCAUCCACCUCAGGCUUGGCAGUUGGCAGUCGUACAUUGUGGCUGUUUCUCCUUUCUGCGAAGAUUGCGGCGAUUUAAAAGAAUUGAGGUCGGGCGAGAGGAGGGGGACCAGUGAGUGGGAAGCUAUUUAUACUGUCGAUUCCAUGUGAGUGGAUUCGAGCUUAUUAUUAAGCACACCACUUUAGGCCGCUAUCAUCAUUAUUGACAGCACAAGCAUGGUGACAAAUAACAAUUAUAUAUUACUCCUGUGUAUCGAUUAGUUGGUUUGAAGGAUUUUAUUUUGCACGCCCCAUUAGUUAUCAUUGCCAUGGUACUCGCAUCUGUCUUUAACACCGUCAAUUUUGAAUUGCUAAUUGCUAAUUAUCAACGGGCCGAAGAGAAGAAUAAUUAGACAAGUUACACGCUCUGAAAACCCCUCAGAAAAUUGAAGACACAUACACUAAUUAUUAAUUAUUGGUUAAGUUGAACCUAAUAAUAAUUGAUUAGAGGCCAUGCCAGUGAGAUUAACUAACUGGCAUUGAAGAACCAGUAGGUCCCGAUGAUGAUUAGAAGUCAGCAGUGAUUGACUGUGGGGAACCACCACUACCACCACCAUGCAGAAAGAGGUACAUAUGAAUCUUUGUUCAUCAUGGCAUAGGAUAAAAAGUUAAUAGAAUUUCAGAAAAAAGGCCCUCUCUUGGACCUUGCUAAUUCGCUAUUUAUAUCCUCUAGCAUCUUGACUCUUGAGCAGCGGUAGAACGAGCCUGGUACCAUUUGAAAGAGUAUAACAACAUCAACAUGGGUCGUAACUUAAAGAAUGCAGUGAUUGCAUUACUCACUCCCCUUCCUUCCAUACUCUUUUAUCUAUCAUUUCUUGAUCACUAUCAUCAAUCUCAUACUACUCAACCUCUGUGGUCAUGGUGCUAUUACCACCCUCUUCUUUUAGCUAAUAUUUUCUUCUUCUUCAACGUCAAUGUUCUCUUCUGGGUCAUCAGUCACAUCCAGAAUAGCCACUGGAUGAUCGAUUUGUAUUGGACUGUUAUACCAGUAAUGCUUGUUCAUUACUUCGCAACACACCCAUUGGGACAGUAUAACCUUUGGAGGUCAAUAAUAGUGAUAAUAUUGACAUGGGUGUGGAGUGUGAGGCUGACUCAUAACUACUUCAGGCGUGAAAAGUGGCAAUGGGGUGCCAGGGAAGAUUGGCGGUUCACGGAUAUGCGCGCUCAGUAUGGCAAACACUGGUGGUGGGUUUCCUUGUUUGCUGUCUACUUCUCUCAACAGUUGUUUCUCAUUGGGGUGUGCUUGCCAUUGUAUGUUGUGUACUCGGUUGAUAAGCCGUUGAAUAUAUGGGAUUUUGUUGCUGUCGCGGUCUGUUUGUGUGGUAUAGUUAUUGCUUACUUUGCUGAUACGCAACUCCAUCAAUUUGUAAGUAGAAAUAGCAAGCUGAAAGAGCUUGGAAAGCCGGUGGUCCUUAAUCUUGACCGGGGACUGUGGUGCUAUUCAAGACAUCCAAAUUACUUCGGGGAGCAGUUAUGGUGGUGGGGAUUGGUUGUAUUUGCAUGGAACCUCGGACAUGGAUGGACAUUUGUUGGUGCGCUCAUCAAUAGCAUGUGCUUGGCAUACGUAACAAUACUUGUUGAAGAGCGGAUGCUAAAACAAGAGUACAGAGCUGAAGCAUAUAGGCUAUAUCAGAGGACAACAUCGGUUUGGAUACCUUGGUUCAACUCAUCUGCUCAGACAGAGAAACAGAAGAGUACUUGAUUUGAUUCUUGGUGUUGAACUUAAACGGUAUCUUUAUCUGUGCAUUGUCCAAUUUGCUGAAUUCCCUACCUUUAUAUGUCCUUGUUUAUGUACUUUGCGGUUUAUUUGAACGAAGUUGCACGGAUAUUAUUUUGUGUGUAGUCAAUUAGGAAUUGUAUAAAAUUUUCUUCGUUUUGUUGUAGCGUCUUCUUUUUAUAUGUACUGUGAAACGUUAUAUAAAGGUGGAAGCGUGAAAAUUUUCAAUGGGAUCUACCUUUUUUUCUAAUCA